AUGCACACAGUACAAGGAGUCCAAAAUCAACCUAGUUUUAGAAAAAUACGAAUUCUGAUUCCACUGUCAGCAAGAAAUGGAAUCAGUGCGUCGGAAGCAAAUAUCGCGUGCACUAGUAGCCAAGCUGGCUCCACCUGUCAGCUGGACAAUCUGUUCUGUAGCGGAAGUUACGUCAGUGGUUUGUGUUUUGGGGCUGCCAACAGGGACUGUUGCGUUCCAGGAGCUGGUGACAGUGCCUGUAUAAGUCAGGAGGGCACCUGUAAGUAUGACUCCGCCCCUUGCAGUGGUUUUUACACCACAGGGCUGUGUGCUGGUCCAACUCCCAGACGCUGUUGCAAUUCGUCCCCUUACCCAGAUAUUGCGUGCAAUAAUUUCCAAGCUGGCUCCACCUGUCAGGUCGACAGUUUGUUCUGUAGCGGAAGUUAUCUCAAUGGAAAUUGUGUUGGGGCUACAAACAGGAGAUGCUGCGUUCCAGGAGCAGGUGACGAUGCCUGCACCAGUGAGGGAGGCACCUGUAAAUUCGACACAGAACCUUGCAGUGGUUUUUACACGUCUGGACUGUGUGCUGGUCCAACUGCCAGACGGUGUUGCAUUCCUUCUCCUUCCCCAGAUAUCGCAUGCAUAACUAACCAAGCUGGCGCCACCUGUCAACUGGACAAUCUGUUCUGUAGCGGAAGUUACGUCAGUGGUUUGUGUUUUGGGGCUGCCAACAGGAGGUGUUGUGUUCCGGGAGCUGGUGACAAUGCAUGCAUCGGUCAGGGUGGCACCUGUAAGUACAACACCGCCCCUUGCAAUGGUUCGUAUUCUACUGGGCUGUGUGCGGGUCCCGGUCCAAGACGCUGUUGUCUUCCUUAA